AUGGACCAGCCUUACGUCAAUCCCUUGCUUCGGUCUCCUCCAUCCCUGCUUCAAAUCUCAGCUUCAAAUGUUGAGGAGAACAUUUGCAAGUUUGCAAAGAAGGGUCUUACUCCAUCUCGGAUAGCUGUGAUUCUUUGUGACUCUCAUGGUAUUGUUCAAGUUAAGAGUGUUACUGGAAGCAAGAUCUUGCAUGUUCUCAUGGCCCACAGUCUUGCCCCUGAAAUUCCUGAAGAUCUGUACCAUCUUAUUAAGAAGGCAGUCUCUAUUAGGAAGCAUCUCGAGAGGAACAGGAAGGACAAGGAUUCCAAGUUUCGAUUGAUUUUGGUUGAGAGCAGGAUUCACAGACUUGCAUGUUACUACAAGAAGACCAAGAAGCUUCCCCCCGUUUGGAAGUAGUAUGUACUUUUGUUU